CGCAGAUGUCUCGAUGAUCAAAGGCUGUUUUCCUUAUCCUUUUUGAAUCUGGUGUCAUUCCAAUACACUAGAAAAUAAGCCCUAUCUCCACAAUGUCUCCCAUCACUCUUACCUCCGAGCAACUCAACCAUUAUCGUGAAAAUGGUUAUUUACUGCUUCGCGCUCACGAGCACAAUCUCGUCAGUCCCAACAAUCUCAAUGCAUGGGAAAGGGAAGUCCACCAAUGGCCUCGCGUGAAGGGCAAGUGGAUGCCGUACGAUGAGAUCAACCAAAACGGCGAGAGGCAAUUGAUGCGCACUGAGAAUUUUGUUGAUUAUCAUGAGGGAUGGAAGGGUUUGGUUUGCGGGAAGAAUCUGAUCGGGAUACUGGAGCAGUUAUCCGACCAAGAGAUGCUCCUUUUCAAAGAUAAGAUCAACUACAAACUUCCCUUCGGAAAUGGUUUCCAGGCCCACCUCGACGCACCAGCUUACGACCACAUUGGCCGCAUCGAGCACAUCACCGCCAACAUCGCCAUUGAUGCUGCCACGCCAGAAAACGGGUGUCUAGAGGUCGUCGCCGGCUCGCACAAAAUGGACGUCGAGUUCUCACACGGCGGACAUAUUUCGGAAGCCUGGGAGCGUGCGCAGCCUUGGGUGUCCGUCCCGCUUGAGAGAGGGGACAUGUUAAUUUUUGGAAGCCAUCUGGCCCACCGGUCGGCCAGGAAUCUUACAAGUGCGAAGAGGGCCAGUUUGUAUGCCACAUAUCAUAUGCGGUCUGAUGGGGAAGAUUUGAGGGCGAAGUAUUAUGCGCAUCGGAGGGCUAAUUUCCCACCCGAUCAUGAGCGUGAGCCAGGUCAAAAUUAUGAAGAAGGCUUCAAAACAUAUGGAUUCGCUGCUCCUUUUUCAAAGCCGAAUGCUGCUGCUAACUCUACUUCUAUUCCUGCUAGCUAGAUAGCUGUUUAGAUAUUGAAAUGCAGAGUUCGGCAGAAUCAGGAUAGGUCUGUUAUUAAAGGUGAUAUAUCAACAGGGUUCAGCUGGAUUGAUUCUCGCAUUAAAAGUUGCCAUCACGAAAUUUGUAAUUAACUAAAUUCUGGUCAAAAAAGGAUGGAUGUUAAGUG